UGUUGGGUUAUCACUUGAAGAGCAAUGGAGAUGGACGACAUGGGUCUUGUGGAAUUGUUUGGUUACGACGAGCUGGAUAGAGAAUUACUCCUCAGCCAAAAUAAUUUGUCUUCAUCUUCGCCGGAAUAUUGCGCGCUAUAUGAUUUCCGUGAUGAGAUGACACCAGAGGAAGAGUACUCCUACAGCGAACAAGUUUUGAAGAGUGACGGCUUUGAUGUUUCUGACAUCCCUGGCGUCAAUUGUCUCAACCAAAUUCUACCAUGCAAGAUAGACUACAACUAUGAUGAGUAUAAACGGUAUUCGCAGCUCGCAAUAGACGAAUACAAUCGUCGGUUCAAGGAUGCCAAUGCAGAGUUGGAGUUUGUUAAGGUCUUGAAGGCAAUGGGUCAGGCUUCGAGGGGAAUCAGGUAUUAUAUAACCUUCAUGGCCAAGGAUCUUGGCGAUGGAGGCGAGAUUAAGACGUAUCAAGCUGUGGUAUUAGAUGGUAUAGACUCUGUGACAGCGAAAUCCUUUAGGCUAAAGCCCCCCGAGGAUGAGCCAGAAUCUUGCAGCCAUGGGAGACGGUGGUUUUGGGAAAAUCACCUUUGAAUGGUUAGUUAGUAUUUUUAUAUUAUAUCACGGAAGCACGAUUUGUUUACUCAAAUGCUAGUAAUGAUUUCCAGUAAUUGACUAUUGCUUCUUAUGCUGUUGGUGCAAUGAUAUGCAUUACUGAAAGCCUUUGUUGAUAAUUGUUGGGUUAAAUUUUAAAGAUGCACCAGAUUACUGUCCUUCUAUCCUUUGUUGCUCAAACCAGUGCUGGGUGUCUCUUUUAUUCUGAACUCUUUCUUUCCCAUCUUCUGGAGAUAGGUAUCCAUUAUUUUGUACCUUUCAUGUCUAUCUUUUUCUAUCUGUAUUUCAUUUUUUGUCUGGUUGUACUCUGUUAGAUUAUAAAUGGGGAGAGAAGAUCGGAUGUGUUGUGCCCCCUCCAAGAAAGUAACAUUUGAAGUGAAAUAAAUUUAUCAUAGCUUGACUUCUCGUGAUAAUUCUCAUAUCCCACAGAAGAUUACUUGGAGUCCUGCGUUGGGGGAAAAUCUUGCUUACGAUAAUUUAAGGAGGUGAUGGACGAAGGUGAUAAAUUGGUGCUUUAUGUGUGGGAGGAAUGGGGAAACAAUGACUCAUUUGAUACCACUUAUCAAGAGGUUGUGCAGCCCCAGAAUUACUCCGAACUUUGUUUCUGGAUACUUGGUGCCAAUAAAAUAAACGUAAAUAUUAUUCUAUCAAAAAAAAAUUAUUAGAAUAGUUGGAAGAUGUUAGUCUCAAACCUCCUGAUUUAGUGACUUCAAUAGAUUUUGUUUUUUUUUUUUGGCAAUUCUAUAUGCAUGGUUUUAUGCAGACCACUGACCUUUCUUGGUUUCCUUUAGCUGAAACAUGUUGUAUUUGAAGAUCUUUCGGAGGUGAAAUGCGUAUCGAGUUUAACAAUGCUGUUGGAAUUCGGAAACAUGAAUUAUACAAGUUAAAUGGAAAGAUGGUGCUUCUAGUGUUUAUUUAGACAUUCUAAAGUUGGCCUGAUGUUGCUUAUUUAAUUUUGUUUUCAAAACUCCUUUGCUUCAAGCCUCUAAUGGUACCUUGGUUAAGUGAGAUUCUGCAGCGUGCUUUUGUCAGUGAGAUUAUUUUCCUUGUGUGGGAGAGGGAACUUCAGUAAAAAAGAGAGAACAUAAUUGGUAAUGAUGAGUUCUUUGUG